AGUUUUUUUUGUAUUUCACUCAUUUUUCUCCAUCUGCUUCACAUUCCAAGAUUUUGUUGAGCCCAGUAACACCACCACCACACCUAAAAGCUAAAACCCUAGCGUUUUCUCCUCCUCUUCUUCUUCAUCUAUAUAAACCUCCAUUGCCCCUCUGUUUUUAUCAGGGUUUAAACAGCUUUAGUAGCUGAAAAAAAAAAAACAAUGGAGCUUUGUGUACCUCAAACCUUCUCGAAUCUUCCAAAUUAUAGGCUUAGUAAUCGAGCUCAACUCCAAUGGAGACCCUCUUUACUACUCAAAAAAACCCCUAAAUCUCGAUUCAAUUCAGGAUCAUUUUACCGUAAAGGCUCAGCAGUUAGAACAAAAGCAGAGACAGAGGCUUAUGAGUUAUAUGUACCUCCUACGGUUGAGGAGAAAGACGAUGAGGCUGUUAGAUCAAAAGCAGAGAAAGAGGCUUAUGAGUUAUAUGUACCUCCGACAGUUGAAGAAAAAGAUGAUGGAGCUGUUAGAUCAAAAUCAGAGGAUGAGGCUUAUGAGUUAUAUGUACCACCUACAGUUGAAGAGAAAGAUGAUGGAGCUGUUAGAUCAAAAUCAGAGGAAGAGGCUUAUGAGUUAUAUGUACCUCCUACGGUUGAAGAGAAAGAUGAUGGAGCUGUUAAGAAUGGAGCACCAGUAGAAGAUUCUAGGACUGACAAAGACACGGAUGCUUAUGCAUCUUUGAUAUCCGGGCCUCCUAAAGUCGAAGAGAAAGACGAUGGAGCUGUUCAGAAUGGAGCACCGAUUGAAGACUCUAGUAAAGACAAAGAGACAGAUGCUUAUGCGUCUUUGAUAUACGAACCUCCUAAAGUUGAAGAGAAAGAUGAUGGAGCUGUUCAGAAUGAAGCACCAAUUGAAGAUUCUAGCAAAGACAAAGAGACAGAUGCUUAUGCAUCUUUGAUAUAUGAACCUUCUAAAGUUGAAGAAAAAGAUGAUGGAGCUGUUCAGAAUGGAGCACCAAUAGAAGAUUCUAGUAAAGACAAAGAGACGGAUUCUUCUGCAGCUUUGAUAUAUGAACCUUCUAAAGUUGAAGAGAAAGAUGAUGGAGCUGUUCAGGAUGAAGCACCGAUAGAAGAUUCUGGGAAUGAUAAAGAGACGGAUGCUUAUGCAGCUUUGAUAUAUGAACCUCCUAAAGUUGAAGAGAGAGAUGAUGGAGUUAUUCAGGAUGAAGCACCAAUCGAAGAUAAUAGAGAAGAUAACGAAACAGAUUCUUAUGCAUCUUUGACAUAUGAACCUCCUACAGUUGAAGAGAAAGACGAUGCAGCUAUUCAGAAUGAAGCACCAAUUGACUAUUCUAGUAAAGACAAAGAGACAGAUGCUUAUGCGUCCUUGACAUAUGAACCUCCCAAAGAAGAUUCUGCUGUUCAAGCUGAAGCACCAAUAGAAGAUUCUGCUGUUCAAGCUGAAGCACCACUAGAAGAUUCUGCUGUUCAAGCUGAAGCACCAAUAGAAGAUUCUUCUGUUCAAGCUGAAGCACCAAUAGAAGAUUCUGCUUUGGAGUUCGAAUCGCAAUUGUCCAAGUUCUUUGACACGCUAAAUAUUAAGUAUGAUCCUAAAGAUCCCUCUUCAAUUAUCCUAUUUGGUGCUGUUGCUCUCACUGCUCUUUGGUUGACAACCUCAAUUGUUGGAGCCAUCGAUUCUGUUCCUUUGGUUCCUAAGUUAAUGGAAUUGGUGGGUCUUGGCUAUGCUCUCUGGUUCACCGCCCGUUAUCUACUGUUCAAGAAGAAUAGAGAUGAGUUUGCUGCUAAAAUUGAAGAUCUUAAGCAGAAGACUUUAGGUUCUAGAGAUGAUUAAUUUACUUGGAGAGAACUGUGUGUUUCUUCUUAGUUUUGUGCAAGAAGGAGCUGUGUCUUAUAGUAGAAGAGAUUUAUUCAUGCCAAUGUGAAUAAUAAUAGAAAUUUGUGUAUAUGCACAUAUAUUUUCUCAAACUCACGAUCUAUAAAUCACAAUGAAAAUAACUUUAUCACUGUUUCGUA